UCCCCGAGCCCCCGCCCGCGACUCAGCGGAGCUGCCGGCAGCGGCGCGGGCCGCGGGCAGCGCUCGGGAUCCGGCUGUGCGGGUGGGCAGCGGCACCGAAGCGGCGGUUCCCGGGCAGCGGCAUGUCCUGAGCAGAGCGACUGAGCGGCGCGGAGCCGAGCUGGGCCUCACUCCCCGCACCCACCACGGAGGGGUCGGCGGAGCCGCGGGCCAAGUGCCGGGCCCCCAUGAAGGAGAAGGAGGCGGGGGCGGAGCGGGGCAAGCCCGCCACCUACACCGGGGACAAGAAGGCUCGCAUGGCGGCCAAGACCAACAAGAAGUGGGUGCGCCUGGCCACCGUGCUGGCCUACGUCCUCUCCGUCUCGCUGGCCGCCAUCGUCCUCGCCGUCUACUACAGCCUCAUCUGGCAGCCGGUGCGUGGCGGCGGUGGCUCCGCUUCCAGCCCCGGCCCCGCCGCAGCCGCCACCUCCUCUUCGUCCGCGCAGCCCCGCGCCGCCCCGCCGCCAGCGCCGGGCGCCGGGGCCGGCCCAGCACAGGAGGCUCCGCCAGCGCCGCCGCGGACGGGCCCCGACCCCCCCGGCCUCGCCCGCACCGAUCGCCCGGAUGCGUCGCAGCCGCCGCCACCCGGGGCCGAGCCGGACGCGGGGGACAGUGCUGCCGCCGCGCUUCACCGGGUGCCGGGGAGUCCUUGAGGCGGCGGCCGGCAGCGCUCGGCCCCAGGCGCUGCGGGAGGACAGCGGGGAGCGGUCGCGCUGCAGCCCAGGAGGCCGAGGCCGAACUCCGGGGGAGAUGUCCGCCGAGGCCCGCAGGAGGAUGGAGGCCGGCGGGGGACUGCCGGAGGUGGGAUGGGGUCGGGAGAGCCCCGAGGAGCUCAGGCGGGAGACUGACCCGGACUUUGCCUCGGUGCCACUGCGGUGGCUUCCCUUUCCCCCCCCCAUUUUUCCACCAAAGGGGAUUCUGCGGCUGCGUUCUUCUUUCUGUCCAGGGCUAGGCUUCCCCCUUCGAAUUCCUCUGCUGUUUCUGCCACUGUUGCCACCUACCUAAGGAUAUCCCUGUCCCAGAUCCCUCACUAUUUACCGGACCAGCUGGGAACAUGAUGAAUUUAGAGGCUGUAAACCAUUGUUUAAGUAAAAAGAAAAAAACAAGUCCAGUUUUGUUUAACGAUGAGCAUAAACUUAUUUAAAAACCAUGUGGAAGGUAAAUUGACUUGUUUACUAUAUUAAAAUAUUUUCCCAAUAUGAAA